GAAAAGUGAAUCAUUAUGUAUAAAUUUAUAGACCCCGUUUCAAAAUAGAUUCCAAAAGUAACUCCAAAUCCCAAAAUCCCCAAAAAUGCCAGUGGCCGUUCGUCUGGUGGAGGCCUUGACCCUGAUCACAAUUAUGGGUCUGAUUACCUGCAUUGGUCUCAGCGUGAUUCUGGCCCAAAAGACCCUUAGUAUGACUAUUACAUUUAUUGAGCCUGCAGCGAAUAUUGCCGACAUGGUACUGAUUUUAACCGAGAAAGUGCUGGUGUCCUCGCUACUCUGCGUUUUGAGACUAACAAAUGUGGUGGGCAGUGCCCUCCAAGCGGCCGGAAUCGCCUGAUGAUCCAUAUCUCAUGAUAUAUCAAAGUUGGCCCCACUAACUUUCGGUUUUCUGAUCAAUGUUGUAUGCCUCGAAAGUUCCCAAUAUAUUGCUCGCCUUUCGUUUUAUUAUGCCA